GAAGAACAUCAAGAUGAAAAAAUAAUAUUAUAGAUCCUUCGGAGUACAAUGUGAUGACUAUCGUUGAGAUCACAUAAAACAAAGCCUGCAUUUCGUCGGGAUGAAGAAAUUAUCUUCACAACCUUUGAGCUAUCUUCAGGGUUGAGUACUUAUCUGCGUGUUGACUUCGCGUUGAAGUAAUCUUCAGCAAUACCUUCGAGCUAUCUUCAGGGUAUUUCAAACUACGUGUUGUCUCCGCGUUGAAGAAAAUUAUCUUCAAAAAACACCUCUGAUCUAUAUCGAGGUAUUUAUAUUUUAACUACUUAAAUACGUGUUCUACGCGUCGAAGAAAAUUAUCUUCAGAAAACCUUUGAUCUAUAUCGAGGCAUUUAUAAUUUAACUACGUGUUCUACAUUUAGAAGACAAAUAACAUAAAAAACAAUAACCCGCAAUAUCGUCGGAGUUUACAAAAAACCAUCGUGUCAUCGUCGCGGUGAAGACAUUCGUGUAAUUACGAAACAAGAAGAAAUAAGAAGUUAGUCCUAUUUACAAUAAUUUACAAGCUAUUUACAUAUAUACACCUUUUUAUAUACAUAUAGAAGAAGUGAAGACAAAGAAAAAUAGAAAACGGAUUGGUUUCCUAUAAUAAAUAAUUCGUCGUAAGAAGAAAUUAAUAAUAAGAAAACUAAAAUCAUCAUAAGAAGAAAUUCAUCGUUCAUUUCGUCAUAGAAAAUUUACUUCGUGUCGUCAGUGGUUCGUAAUAAUAUUUUAUUCAACAUUUUCGUAUCCUCCAUUUUGAAGAUAGAAGAAAGAAGCAAUUUAUUGUCAAGAUAUUUUUUCCACAUUGCAACAUUACCGUUCAUUCGACGUCAUCGUCAUCGGUCAAGUUUCUAGGCGGGAAGAGUCCGUCGGGUAUCGUCGGCAAAAGUCGGAAGUUUUCGCAUGCGCAACUUUGGCAAGAUUUCUCCUCGACCAAGGACAACUGUCAUUAUUCUACUCGUUCAGCAACACCGAGGGACGCAUGGUAAAAAUAAAUAAUCAAAUUAAUAUCACACAACCACAACUACGUUGACAAUUUGUAAUGUCAUAUUGUAUUUUUUUUUAAUGUCAUGAUACAGAUUUAUUAUUUUUUUUAAGAAAAAUAUCAAGUAAUUUUGUACGAGACGCCAUUUUGGUCGCCUUCUUUCUUUGCGCUGCAGUGUUUUGUUUUGCGUACACAUAUAAAGUAAAUUGUUAAUUAAGAUGGAGUUAAAAGAAUACGUUAGUAAUCGAAGUUACAUCAAAGGUAGCAUAACUCGAAUUGAGACUUAUUGCACGGGGGCACAGUUUGAUGCUUCUGCAUGCAACUUGUUGCGCGAAAAGCGGCUUCGCAUUGUUCAACUGUUUAAAGAUUACGAGAAGCUGAACAAGCAGAUCCUAUUGCUUGACCCUGACGACAAGGAGAACUACGACGAAUACGAGAAAAAACGCGCCAUCGCGAUGGAGAAUACUGCAGAGGAGAAGCUGACUGCAGAGAAGCAGCCGCAUAAGCAGCAGCCAAUGAAGUCUGGUAAGGCUAGUUUCGUGGCUUCCGGCGUGGCUUCUAACAUCAAUACAUGUGCUGCAGCGUGAGUCGUUGCCGUUAUCCCCAUCUGGUCCAUUUUUGGUCAAUACAAGUUUUGGAUAUGUCGUCGCGGGGAAUUUGCCGGUAUCUGCUGGCAAAAUUUCUUCAUGUAAUCUAUGCCUUACAAUUGAAGGUAAAAAUAAUAUAUUUAAAGGUUGCAAUGACAUUGAAGGUAAUAAUUUAUUAAAAACCUGUGAUGAUAUUCCGGACAUAAACUUAAUUCCUGAUUCAAUAAUUGAAGAUAAUUCUUUAGUUAAUAAUUGUAAUUCUAUUCAAGGUCAGGCUUCAACUAAUACUUGCAAUUCACAAAAAACUUCAAUAUGUGAACUUGAUAAUAAUAUCUCCAAAUUUUGGGAGUGUGAGAAGGUCCCUACUGUGUUUAAAGAGGGCACCACUGAACAUGAGUUAGCAGAAAAAUGUUUUCAAAAUUCUGUUAAACUAAUAAAUAAACGAUUUUCUGUUGCAUUACCACUAAAACUUGAUUUACAAGAUGUGCAAUUAGGUGAAUCAUUUUCAACUGCAUUACAAAGGUUUUAUAACCUAGAAAAACGAUUUUUAAAAGAUGUCUAUUUGCAUCAAAAAUAUAAAAGUUUUAUUCACGAGUACAUUGAGCAGGGACAUGCGUGUUAUUAUGAUAUUUCUAACUAUGACAUGAGUGCAGGUAAUGUUUAUUUUCUUCCUCAUCAUCCAGUAAUCAAUCCAAACAGUAAGACAACCCCCGUACGUGCAGUGUUUGAUGCUAGCAUGAAAACAAAAAAUAAUUUGUGUUUAAAUGACAUCAUGUUAAAUGGGCCGGUUGUUCAGAACGACCUUUUUGACAUUCUGAUUCUAUUCAGAACUUAUAAGUUUGUUUUAUUGUGUGACAUUAAAUCAAUGUAUAGAUGCAUUCUAGUUGACAAUAAGUACUGCUGUUUACAAAAUAUAUUGUGGAGAGAUAACAUGCAUGAUCCAGUUCAGUGUCUUCAAUUACAAACCGUUAC